AUGCCGGUCCCACCUGGGUCAACCUGGAACGGUAAUUUUAAUGACGCUUGGGACACUGUGUCCUAUAUCGCAUUCUUUCUUGUGGUUUGGUGGCUGUGGGCGUCCCAGACUUUGUACAGCAUUCAUUUCUACACCAACGACUGGUUCCAUCUUCUUUCGCUCUUCCUACAACUGGUUAUAUUUGGGCUCUUGGCUGCCACCACUCGUGGGUACGACGUUACCGCCUACAUCUUGAAAUCCCCUGGGGCGGACAGGCUGGAUCCACAAACGGUGGAUCAGAUGUUUGAUCCCGAUCGAUAUCAGAAAGAUAGAAUAGCUUCCUAUUCGAUGAGAGUGAUCGCAUUCGCCCUUGCUGCAAGCCGCGCGAUACAUUGGUUCCAGCAUAUAUUUGUGUUAAACUAUGCUCGCCGUACCGCUAAAGAACUGAAGCUGUCGGUCCCAUUGAAGCUCCGUGUUCUUCCGGUAGGACUGGCAGUCUCGAACAGUAUGUUUUGGGCCGCAGCAGUGGUGACACUGUCAUCGAGGGGGAAGACCGUUUCUGGUGCCAAGCUCAAGUUCAUAUUAUGGGCUGCUGGAUUGGUAUCAGAGGUUCUACUACAUGGAGUUAUGGAACACCUAAAAUGGCAGGAUAUUAGCUUUGGGCCUUUGAAAUGGUCAAAUAGCUCAAAAGACACUUCUCAUGAAUAUGUUCCAGCUCAGCCUGAAUUGCAUGAGCUGCAACCAGUGUCCUCGAAUGGCCAGUCAUCGCAGUCUACCUCCGCCCGCAAGAAACGAAUUUGGCCGAUUCCUCGCUCCAAUGUGCAACUUCGUGAGAGAUUAGAAGGAAUUACGACGGUCAUACUUGGAGAGGGCAUAAAUGGGAUAGCCGGCACAUUUUACGCAGUCAUUGCUGCACCUGAAUUGGGAGAACAAGUGUAUACCAAUCUCGCUUCUGCGGCGAUCAUCGUCUAUCUAUUGGCCUACUUGUACUUUGAAGGACCUACUGCCAAUCGAAACCCUAAAGGAAGUGGUCUUCGACAAAUGAUGUGGCUGCUACUGCAUCUUCCCUUUAUGCUAUCUAUCAUGCUGCUUCUACUUGGGGUCAAAAACCAAUUCUUGCUGACGAGCUACCUGUCAACCGCAACAGAAACUUUCGACAAGUUUGAUACCAAGCUGUGGCAGGAAGAAAUAGAUCCCACUGACAGCAAUUCAGCGGAAAACAGCUCUAUCAAAUGGUUCCUACUCAAGCGUGGGUUGAAGUGGGCGGACGAGUUCAAUGAGCUGCGCGCGAGGCUCACGCACAAUGGAUCUGCCCCCCUCGAUGCCUCUGAGGAAGAUUCUGACGUUAUUACGAUAUGGUACAUGCAGCUUUACCUCAAAAUUAUGCUAAAGGUUUAUGAGACUUUUAUGGGAGGAAGUAAGGUAAUUGACUCUGAGACACAAGUCAAAAUUCAACAGUACUAUCAAGCGAAUUCUACACUUGUUAUUGAGGACAUGCACCUACCCUACGAUGCGGCGCCUUCCUCUUAUCAUUCUGAACAGAUUAUUGACAAGCUACUGGGAUCCAGCGUGCUAGGGGCUCGCUAUAUAGCCGGUCUCGCGGCAAUAAUCCUCAUUUCUCUGGGGAUAAUGAAUCGGAUACACUCUAAGCCACGAGAUCGUUUCCAGUGGGGUAUCAUCCUCACACGGAUUUUAAUGGGCGUUGCUCUACUUUUUCUUCUCCUGCUAAAUAUUGGCCAUUAUCAAUCAUUGUGGGUCGCGGAGUACGACGAAUAUCUACAAGCUGGGGUUUUCAAGUGGAUAUUAAAGUGGUCGGUUCUUCCCACACUCGCUGCCGCAUUUAUGAUCGAGUUCUUCAUCGAGUUGGCCCUGCACCGCCUUGCGGGACUUGCGAUUGCGCGUAAACGGGGUCGAUUAAAUGGACCCUUGCGGCGUGCAUUCUUCAGGCCGCUAAACCGACCUAAAUAG